CCGCUUCCGGCCCGGGAAGGCGGUUAGAGCGGGUGGCUUUGAAUCGGGCUGUGGGUUCACACCCCCUCCACCCCCAGGGUCGCGGCCCGGCUCGGGCCCCCGGCGGCGGUUCUGUGGGAAGCCGCGUUGCCAGGGGAACGGGGCAGGCCGCACUGGGGCCAGGCUCCCUCGGGGCCUGGGUGAGAGCGGCUGGGCGCUGCGCUGCCCCGGGGGCCCGUACACCCUGCCGGGAACGCCUCUCGGGGCCCGCCAUGAAUUUUUCGGAGGUGUUCAAGCUCUCCAGCCUGCUGUGCAAGUUCUCGCCCGACGGGAAGUACCUGGCUUCAUGUGUACAGUACCGUUUGAUCAUUCGAGAUGUGAACAACCUCCAGAUCCUUCAGCUGUACACUUGCCUGGAUCAGAUCCAAUACAUAGAAUGGUCGUCGGACUCUCUCUUUAUAUUAUGUGCCAUGUACAAACGAGGGAUUGUUCAGGUCUGGUCCUUGGAGCAGCCAGAUUGGCAUUGCAAGAUUGAUGAGGGGUCAGCAGGACUGGUGGCUUCGUGCUGGAGUCCGGAUGGUCGUCAUAUUCUCAAUACAACCGAGUUUUACCUGCGGAUAACUGUCUGGUCCUUGUGUACAAAAUCUGUGUCUUAUAUCAAGUAUCCCAAAGCUUGUCAGCACGGAAUAGCCUUCACGAAGGAUGGUCGCUAUAUGGCAUUAGCAGAGAGGCGUGACUGCAAAGACUACAUUAGCCUCUUUGUAUGCAGUGACUGGCAACUACUGAGGCAUUUUGACACUGAAACUCAAGACCUAUCUGGGAUUGAAUGGGCUCCUAAUGGCUGUGUGUUGGCAGUGUGGGAUACCUGUCUGGAGUAUAAAAUCUUGCUGUACUCUCUUGAUGGCCGUCUGCUGUCCACAUACAGUGCGUAUGAAUGGUCACUGGGUAUUAAAUCAGUUGCCUGGAGCCCGAGCAGUCAGUUCUUGGCGAUUGGUAGCUAUGAUGAAAAGGUGCGUAUCCUGAACCACGUAACUUGGAAGAAGAUUACAGAGUUUGAACACCCUGUGACCAUUGCUAACCCAAAGAUAAUUGUAUACAAGGAAAUGGAAAAAUCCACAAGAGUUGAAACAGAGAGCCUUGCCUUCCCUCCAGCCAGAGCGCAAGCCAGCUCUCUCUUCAGCACACAGAGUAAAUAUGACAUUUCCCAGGUACCAGUUACUUUACAGUAUGUCAAACCGGUUACUGAUCGGGCCAAUCCCAGAAUAGGAAUUGGAAUGCUGGCAUUUAGUCCAGAUAACUGUUUUUUGGCAACCAAAAAUGAUAACAUUCCUAAUGCCAUCUGGAUCUGGGAUGUUCAAAAGCUGAAACUGUUUGUAGUCUUGGAGCAGUUGUAUGCUGUUCAGCUGUUCCAGUGGGAUCCACGUCAACCUCGACUUGCCAUAUGCACUGGGAAUAGCAAAGUGUACCUCUGGUCCCCAGCAGGGUGCGUGUCAGUACAGGUACCAAUGGAAGGUGACUUCCAGGUCCUCUCUCUUUGCUGGCACUCUAGCGGGGACUCCAUGGCACUUUUGAGUAAGGAUAAUUUUUGCAUGUGCUAUUUGGAAAGAGAAGAGGUAAAAUAAAAGCUGAUGAUAAAGGAACCCCUCCUUCUGCCUCCAAGGCUAGAAAAGCCUACCUUGCAAAUAGAUCUUUGUGAAAAAAUGCUGCUAUAUCUGUAUGGAACAGAUAAGAAUGGGCAGGCCCUCGUUCAAUAGGAAGAGAUUUUGUACUAAUAGCAAAUCUUAUGUUUGGGGGAGUGUAAGAAGACUCCCUUGGGUGAAGUACUGUGAUAGUUACUUGAAUGAAGUGUGUUUGACAAAGUAAUUUAGAAAGAGCUCUCUUUGAUUUUGCAACUAAAAUUGUGGAAACUAGCAGUCGGGAUUUUAUGAAGUUUUAGGGUUCGAAGACUUAAACCUUAUUUUGAACUUCUGUCAAAAUAUUUUCUAAAAAGGUAUGUUUGUAAAUAGUGUAUGGUAGUUUAUUUAAUUUGUAUAAAUGUCAAUAAACAUUUUGAUAGCUUCUGGUAGUGUGCCUACAAUCUAUCAACCCAGCACUAUCCUAAAUAAGUGUAGAAUCCUCUAUUAAUAGUCUGAGCUGGAACUGAGGUUUGAAAUGCACAUGUACAAUGGUAUGCAGUUAGCCUGAUUCCAAGUGGACAGUGACUGACAGCAAUAGUGAUCUGUACAUCAAUCCUCAUACUCCAAGGACACAAGGUUCAAGAAAGAGAGAGCAAUUUUCCAGCUAUUUUCAUAGAGUAGUGUACAAGUUCAUAGAUCAGUCUUUGCAUUUAGGUCACUCAGUACAAUCAGUGCUCUGUUUGCAUUUAAUUCCAUAUUUAAUUCUUAGUAGUUAGACUCUGAAUACUUGGAAGGAAUCAGUCAUUGCGGUUCUGACGAGACAGUUAUUUUAUUAUCAUUUUAGCCAUGAAUAAGGGUUGAAGUCAUCAAGUGCAACUGUGUGAGAACCAGUUUUCUUUACCAACUAAAAUGUUAAGCUGGUAUCAUAUCACAGCCUCAAUGGUCUUCCUCUAAAUUAGAAGAUUGUGUAGAAUAGCAUUUGAAAAAAGGACAGGUGAGAUUCUUACCAUGAGUCUCCUCCUCACUCUCACCUGCUUUAGUCAUGGGAUGAGACUACCAUAGGGGAGAGGAUUCACAUAGUCUGUUUAAAACAGACUUACUCAAAAAUGUGGAGCAUCAAAUUGGAUGGAAUGAAAGGAGUGUGUAAGGAUUGGGGAGAGGAGGUGGUCCAUCUUGGUCAACACCAGAUGCUUCAAAGGAAGGUACAACAGAUGCCCUGAUAAAUUACUUACUACAGAUUUUUUUCCCUUCUACUCCUUACCAGUUUGUGCUUGGUUUGACUGAGAGCAUGAGGGUUUAUAUUCCUGCUUUUACAACAUCUAGUGUUCUACCAAUUAAAAACCAGAGAACAAAGAUGAUUAAAUUUAUCUUUACUGCAAGAUUAACAAAUGCUAGACACUGGUGUCUUAGAAAAGAGCCCAUAUUGACAAGAACAUGCAGCUGGUUGCAUUCCAGAGACACAUUCAAAAAACAUACAUACAGUUUAUUUCAACAUACCAAUUCCACUGCUGCACAGCAUAUCACUAACAUGUUGAAGGGCAGAGAAAUGCUUCUGAUAAAGCUGUAUAUUAAGAUAGCCUGUAUAAAGGAUUCAUCUACAGUGAAACUUGUCACAGUAAUCUCAUGCUGUAGUUCUGUUCAGUAUCUUUGUAUACUGCUGCAUUUAGCUGUACUACUGAAUUUACUUUCUACAAACUUAAAUGGAAGAUUACAUAAGACUGAACACAAUACUAUGACUAAAGCUUCCCCCCUCUCCAACAACUACACAUCGGUUACAAAAACCUUACUUUGGUGCUAUUCUAAUCUGGCCCAUGUAUUUAUUAAUGAAAACA